GUUCUCCUCCAUAAGCACCGGGCACCGUGAGAGAAAAGGGUUUGUGCGGUUGUAUUGUGUUGUGUGGUGAAGUGAAGAUGGUGUCGGGUUCGGGAAUCUGCGCGAAGAGGGUGGUGGUUGACGCGCGGCACCACAUGCUCGGUCGACUCGCGUCCAUUGUGGCAAAAGAACUUCUCAACGGCCAAAAGGUAGUGGUGGUGCGGUGCGAAGAGAUAUGCAUCUCCGGCGGCCUCGUGAGGCAAAAGAUGAAGUACAUGAGAUUCCUGCGCAAACGCAUGAACACCAAACCUUCUCAUGGCCCAAUCCACUUCCGCGCCCCCGCCAAGAUCUUCUGGCGUACCGUUCGUGGAAUGAUACCACACAAGACAAAACGUGGUGAAGCUGCUCUUGAUCGUUUGAAGGUUUAUGAGGGAAUCCCUCCUCCAUAUGACAAGACCAAGAGAAUGGUUGUUCCUGACGCUCUCAAGGUUUUGAGACUUCAGAAAGGGCACAAGUAUUGUGUGCUGGGCAGGUUAUCAUCUGAAGUUGGAUGGAGCUACUACGAUACCAUUAGGGAGUUGGAGAAGAAGAGAAAGGAUAAGGCAGAGUUGGUUUACGAGAGAAAGAAGCAGCUCAACAAAUUGAGGGUGAAAGCCGAGAAGAUUGCCGAUGAGAAACUCGGUCCUCAACUUGAUAUUCUUGCCCCUGUUAAGUACUGAGUAGUCUUUUUAGUGUCUAUUAAUUUUUUUGUUGCCACUUUAUACCAAUUGAUCGAACUACCUUUCAAUUUUGCUGGAGGAAAUUUUUGUUAUUGGAUCAUAGCUUUGAAAUCUGAUAUGUGGAAGCUGUUUUUAAUUUAAUUAAAAUUUUAGUAUCAUCCAGAAAA